CAUCCCUCCGCUGCCGUUGCGGAUUUAGUCGACCACUAGAAGUGCACUGUGGCAGGUUGCGACUUGCUGCCACUGUGACUCACGGGAAUCCGUCUAUUUCCUUGCAAGUCCAGGUUGCCAUGAACGACGUGUUCCACGCUAACUUAAAACGAGCCGGACGCCUAACCUGUACCUAAGGCGCGUGAACGUAAAUGAGCGGCAAUCCCUCAACUCCUCUCCACGACACUUCGUAUCUACUGUCAGCUAUAGAAACGAUCACGGAUUCAAUGCAGGAUAGCUCGUCAGUUUCCUCCAAUGACCUCUUGGACGCGUACAACACACUCUCCGGAAGACUCAAGUCGCAGAGUCAGGCUCUGCAAGAACCCGCCACAUCGUUCCCCGCGUUUGAAUGCAUAACUCUAAAUAGAAAUGAUCUGUUUGAAGCAUUCCGUCGCGACAUUGGACUCGCGCAUAUAGACCCCUUCUCCGCAGAUCACCCUCCCCGUCGUCCGCCUAAGGACUUGUUCCUGUCCGAUACACGUUCUGCAGAGAUUGGGUCAAUACAAAUACAAUGUGCAAGGGACUUCUCAUGUUUGUGCAACUACGCCUUGUCUACACUAGCUGUAAUAUUCAAGUUUCCCUCUUUAUCUUCCCUCUUCACUAUCGCCGACCUCACUGAUCUGUUCGGCGAUGUCCUGAGCAUAGUCCUUGCGAAAACUUUACCCGUGUUUAACAGUUCGAAGGCACUUUCAUUAUCUUUAUGGAUGUUGCGUUCACAAUGUUUGCCGUGGGCUGUAAUCAAACCCCACGAGACUAGUUUGAUGACGGCCUUACAAUACUGUCUUACUGGCCCGAAAACGUCCACAGAUACCACGCUUGAUGGCCUCAAGGUUGUGGCGCACAUGUUAGAUCGCCAUGCCAGAGAAUGCUUCAAUCCAAUGUCUCAGUUAUUACCAUUGGUGCUGGAGCGCCUUCUUUCACAGUCGACUGAUCAUCGCUUGCAUGCCUCCGGUGUUUUAUGCAGCUUUGCAGCACCGUUGGUGCGUGAAUUCGAUGCAUUCUCCAAGCAGGAUCGACAAGCAGUAUCUACAUGCGUCUUCAGUUUUCUGCGGAAUCAAGCUACUCUCUCUGAUAUACCUGAAACCUUGAUUGGAACCGUACAGGCUGCGUUCAAAGCCGGGUCUCUGAUGCGCCCGGGGGAGGGUCCAGUGUGGAUGCUUACAGUCGUGGCAUCUUUGAUCAUAAUUUGUGGCCCUCUGAUAUUCUCUGACGCCCACACUUUAGAUUUCGUCCUCGGUGCGAUGGCGAAUGGUCUAACGCACGAUGCCGCAGUCGUCCGUUCGCUACAUCCGCUUGUUUGGAGAUGCUUCGUGUGGGUUUAUGCUCGUAUGCUUUCAGAACCGGAGGGUAUCGACGUCAGUUGGGAGAAUUUAGCCUUCCGUGCUUUGAAGCAAGAACUCUGGGGAAGGACGGGGAUUGCAGUCACGGGGAUCCUGCUACAUACCCGCAGUACAGGGCCUUCAGCCUCGUCCGUUAGAGAGGAUCGGAGAGUGACACAAGCAUUUGCGAUCAUCUCUGGCAUGGUGCAAAGCAAGUGCGCACGCGCCAAGAAGGAGGGCAUUGCCCUUCUCCGCGCGGUUACGAUGCCGACUGCGAGCUUAACCGACAUUUGUUUGUUCAAACAGUUCGACGAUAUGGCUCCCAUGGUUUUAUUCGAUGGGACUAUCGUCAAUGCAUCUUGUGACGUCCUUCCUGACAUCCAGCGAAAGAUUUCCCAGUUCACUGUCGACCGCGUUUGUCCUCUCACCGACGUAGAGAUCACUCUCUAUUACGAGACCAUAUUUGAUGGAUGGUGUGGAUGCAUGCCUCGUCCGCCGACUGAACAACUAGACGUGAGUUUGUCAUUCACAUCGCCUCUAUUCAUACCCACAUUUCGCGAGAAGGAUGUGCUGGUAGAUGUCUGGCGGUCCCUGCUUGACUUACUAGCGCAGAAUCAUACUGUUGCACAAGGAGCAUUUAAAUGUGCCGCAAAAUCACUUGUUAAAUGCUUGCUACCGCCGUUUGAUCCACUAAACUGGGGCUCGUGGGGUAUAGCAGACCAGAAGUAUUGCCUUGAUGCUGUGAAAUGUCUCUGGUCCGCGAUGAAGGACGCGACCUUCACCCGGGACCUCAUGGAAGCUUCGCAGCUGAUCCUGUUUGCGAUUUCGAAAUACAAAUUCAACAUACGCGAUCCCGAAAUUCAGUGCAUGUGGAGCGUGAUCUGCGCAGAUCUCAUGGUUAUCGCUUCGCCAUCUUUUCUGGGUGGCAUGAUGGGUCUCACAGAAUCACAAAUGAGGGUUGAGACUCAACGACAGCUAUGGGGAAUAAUCGCCACUUCCCUAGUGGGCUGUGCGUCUAGUCUGCAGUGGGCGAGUGUUGUCGAGUUUCUCUCUGUUCCCAUCUGCACGUGGGUGUUGUCUGAAUGGGAACUUGGUGUAUGGAAAUCUUUAUUUCACUCUGCGGUGGCGCUAUCCGGAGAUUUCCAUGUGGUUGUUGAUGCAAUCUUUGAACGAUUGCAGGGGAGAGACGCGGGACAAUGGGAGUUUGUAAUUCAAGUCCUCACUGCCAUCUUUUGCAAUUUCAUGGAGAAAGGUCACAUGCCACGCGACUCUGUCUUAGGGCCCAUCGAUACUGCUUUAUCGUGCCUUUACAAUCAGAGACAGGCCACGUCGGAUGCCUUUAAACACGUUUUUUACCUUUUCGCCGUCCUGCGUAAUUGGAUAACCGCUUCUUCGCCAGAUAACGUUCUGGUUAUCCUUGUCGCACUUGGUAAUGGACUUCGCCUUUGGAUUGAGGAUAGGUCCCACAUCAUGCGCGAAGAUGAUUUUAAUGCAGUGAUAAUUCCGUUGUAUUGCGACACGCUAAAAGUCCUUGAAAGACUUCCUCUAUCCCAUGAGGCACUGCGGGACAUGGAAUCAUUCCUCGCUUCUGGAUUUCAACGAAUACCAGCACCAGCUGUCGCACCAUUCGCGUUUGAAGCUUUCUGGAGGGCAACAUAUUACCGUCAAACCCAAUUUUACGACAACCUUCCACCUAAGAUCAAGGAUUGCUUGACUUGUUUCGUUGCGGCUUAUGGUGGAGAUUUGGCGUUCGGGCUGUCUAUGUCCACAGAAUCGCAGUCUCAAUCACAGGAUUCGUUGGCUAGGUCGGUGGGGGGUGGAAAUCUUGUGGAGAUAUGUGGUUCUCCCCUGGGCUAUCAUUCCUUGUCCUGCAUAUCCACUGGUAGUGACCACCUUUGUGGCCCGUGGUUGCCAGUCGCGAAAAAAUCCAGCGACGGGCGAGCCGUGGCGGAUGCCAUAGCUGAGGCCGAAGAGUGUUCUUCCAUUCUAGACACUGCGUUCAUUUUACCCUCUAGUGACGAUGGGGCAGAUUUGCUCUCCCCGGACAAUUCUCAGGAACAUACCGGAGGCAAUGAACCAUCGUUUAAGGAGCCGCCUGGUGUGCUGCAUUCAGGCGUACCGGACUCGCGGUUGUCUUCAGGUUCAGACAUUCCCCUCAGGCUGCGGGAACUCGGUAAAAGGUUACGAGCAGCUGAAGGUGACUCGUUUUGCGCAGAGCACGAACCCAAGAAGCGAUGCCGAAUCUCAACGCAGGACUUCCGCAAAAUCAAAUCGGAGCCGAUUAGUGGUCGAAGUACUCCCCUUCCUUCUGUCCUUCGGCUUCGUUCUGUUCUUGUGGCCGAGAAGAAGAUGGUAUUCGAUGGCGUCGAGGUCCCGACGUUUCGUAGCAUCGUACAACGGGAGAGGACGCAGCGUAUACGGAAGAUCUCAGAAACGGGGAUGCCAUUGCUGCACUGGAAACCACCUCUGGCAACAGUUGGUCACAUUGCCGGAAGACAGUGGUCACCACUACCGUCGUCAGUGUCAUCUGAAGCUGACGUUGAUGACGAUGUCGGUCCUCGGCGUGCUUCUCACAGACUUGAUAGAACUCCCUCUGAGAUCGCCGUCGAUGAAUCGCUCGCCGAACCUUGUCCAAGUUCUCCGCGUCAGGAGUCGAUAACCCGAGAUGACCUGCGUGCCCAACAAUCAAGGUCGCAGGUAGAAAGAGAAAGUCCCCCACCUGGACCGAGUCCGCCGCUCUUACAGAGGUCGAGGACAACGUCUGCCAGACUUGACGCGCUACGGAAUGCGUAUGUUGCAGUCGCUGAAGGCGCAUCACAGGUUUCUGUGACGGAAUUAGUACAGGCGACAACGCUUGUCCAUCGGAUUGGUGCUGCAUUGAGCGAGCAGAUGGGCAAGAGAUUGGGGAAGUCCGGUCAAUGAGAAGUGCAGUUUAACCAGAGGUCCGGUUGAGAAGGUCAUCCGAACUUCGCGUGGUAUUAGAUCACUUCUGAACAAUUCUAGC